AUGUCUUCAGAAACCAUCGUCAAAUCACCAUCAUUCAGGACUGUUUCUGUUGGUACCGUUGUUCUCGUCAACAACAAGGACCUCGCCACCAUUGUUGAAAUUAUUGACAACAAGCGUGCCCUCAUUGAUGGACCAAAAAUCCAAAGACAAGCCGUCUCUUUGGCCAGAGUUGUCUUGACUCCACUUAGCUUACAAAACUUGCCAAGAGGUGCUCGUACUGCUACCGUCAACAAGAAAUGGGGUGCUUCAGACGUUGACUCCAAAUGGGCUUCAUUGGGUUGGGCUAAGAAGUUGGCUUCCAGAGAAAGAAGAAGAGAAUUGAGCGACUUUGAGAGAUUCCAAGUUAUGGUCUUGAAGAAGCAAAGAAGAUACGCAACCAAGAAGGCUGCUGCCAAAGCUUAA